AUCUGGAAAAGCAGCGUAACAAAAAAGCAAAAUAAAAAUUCGUCGAUUCUACCAGAGUCCAAUCGAAGCCUAACUUUUUAUUUGUUGACCUCCGUAGGGCUCACCCACGCUCGCCAAACCGCCCACCUUCCUCUCUCCCUCUCCAUUUCCAUUCUCUUUCACGCCUCUGCAACUCAGACCUAUCUCCUCUCUCCUCUUCACAGGAGAUAUGAUUAAGCUAUUUAAAGUCAAGGAGAAGCAGAGAGAACUUGCUGAAAAUGCUAGUAAUGGGGUACCUACAAAGAAGCAAAGUGCUGGGGAACUGCGUCUUCAUAAAGAUAUUAGUGAGCUGAAUCUACCAAAAUCGUGUAACAUAACCUUUCCCAAUGGCAAGGAUGACCUCAUGAACUUUGAGGUGUCAAUACGACCUGACGAGGGAUAUUAUUUAGGAGGCACGUUUUAUUUCUCCUUUACAGUUUCCCCCAUCUAUCCGCAUGAAGCACCGAAAGUCAAGUGCAAGACAAAGGUUUACCAUCCAAAUAUUGACUUGGAAGGAAAUGUGUGCCUCAACAUUUUACGGGAAGAUUGGAAGCCUGUUCUCAAUAUUAACACUGUUAUUUAUGGACUCUACCAUUUGUUCACGGAACCAAAUGAUGAAGACCCACUGAAUCAUGAAGCUGCUGCAGUUCUAAGAGACAACCCGAAGUUGUUUGAAUCUAAUGUGAGAAGGGCUAUGGCUGGGGGUUAUGUGGGGCAGACCUUUUUCGCACGAUGUAUGUAACUCACUCUUUAUCCUUCACGUUCAUCUUUUCCUGCGCUGUAUGUAGCUAGCUUUUGUCUCUUGGUACAUUAAGUGCUUAUUUAGAAAUAUCCCAUCCAUUCACCUACGUUUGUGUUAGCCCAAUGAACUUAGUGGUAUUAAUGUGUAUCAUUUCUAUAUUGUCAAUUAACAUGGUUAUAUUUUCCUCAA